UAUAAUCCGCCAACUCUCCUAGCCUUCCGGCAUAGUUACAAACUGCGCCAAAAAAAGGAAGAAAUAUUCAGUCUUGAAGUUUGUCCUUUUUGUGCCAUAACUAUUCAGAGUACGCUACAGCUGUAAGCAAGGCUCCAUGACUGCUGAGAUAAUGUCUUCCAUACCAUCUGCGCUACCUGCGCUCGACACCUCUACUCCACCACAGUCCACAAUAUCAAGUCGGCGAGGCUCAAGGUCGCCGUUGUCAAUAGACCUGAGCGAUCUUCCGCCUCUAAUAACACCUUCCCCGCCGACGAACACUCUUCUUAUCACAAAUCUCAACGACCCUGUCAUCUUCCAGCCGGAUAAUCUGCAAAGAAUCAAAGAGAUCGUAAACCAACAUGUUCCCAUCCACACCUGGGCUCCUCUAAAGUCGAUGCGACGCAUCAUCGUGUCCUUCUAUUCGGUCGACGACGCCACCAUCAUACGGCAAGCUAUAGACGGCGAGACCGUUAUGGACUGUCGCGUGCGCGUCUACUUCGGUGCGGAGACCAAGAUCAGUAACGAAGACCAGCACCUCAAGGCUCCGCACGCAGAAAAGCAGUUCUUCAUCUCGCCGCCGCCUAGUCCGCCUCAUGGCUGGGAGAUGCGCAAUGAAGAUCCGCCGAACAAGGAGGUUCAUGCCGAAGACUUGGCCGCGGCGCUGGCAAGGUUGCACGCCAGGGACGCCAGGCAGGACAGCAUCGGGGACGAGCACAUGGACGUUGAGCCCAGCAAUGCUGCGAGCGGAGGCAGCGGGUUAAGGAUGCGCAGCCGAAGCUCCACCCUGGUGUACCAUCCAGAGCACGCGGGCGACAGCCCGGCCCUGCCCAGCAUUUCCGUCGAGGAUACGAGCGAAAGCGAUCACGAGGCUGACUUGAGUCCCAUGGAAGACAUCCGGAGACCGGUAGUCCGCACAUCAAGGCCGCCCAUCGAGCUAAUGGAGCACUGAGCAUGAUUAGGCUGCCCGUGCGAGGCUACACCAUGUCCCCACCCAGCUCAUCUAAUACUUUUUAUUAUUCAUAUCAACUGACGCGGUUAAAGCAUUGCAUUUAGCGUUCUUUGUUUUUAAAGUGAUGGGGCCACAUUCUUGUAGAAACAUGACCCGGUAUAUCAAAGUACAAUCUCAUUUUUCGCAUAAUCGAGCGAGCACUCUGAGGCUGAGGAAACUGGCCCAGAAGCCAUGCUGAAUAGCUUAAUAAAAUUAUAUGUCUUUCCCACUUCUGGCCUGCAGAC